GCUCACAUAAAUAAAUACCCUUCUAUCCCCAGGAUGAGGACAUCUGCACAUUUGCAAUACAGAGCUCGAGACUUCAGCCAUGGCUAGACAAUGGCUCUUGACAGGCCAGGAAGGCUUCGAGACAUCCCUCCAGUAUCAACAGGACAUCAACAUACCAUCAGCUCACGACUUGACCCCCAAUGAGCUCCUGGUCCGGAUGUACGCUGCGAGUCUCAACUAUCGUGACUUGAUGAUUGCCAGCCCUGCGAAUUUCAAUGGGAGAAUUACUCCCCCACUGGUUCCCGCCUGCGAUGGCGCUGGCUUGGUAGAGGCCGUUGGAUUAGCCGUGAAGGAAUUCUGCUCCGGAGACCGAGUGGUCACACACCUUGCUCCUAAAAAAGUGGAAGUCUCCGGCGACGACGCGCCCCUUGGCCUCGUCGAUACUGCUCCCGCUCUCGGUCAAGGACUCCAUGGCACGCUGCGAUCCCAUGGCGUCUUCUCUGAAUAUGCCCUCGUCCAUGCCCCAAAAUCGUUGGAAUGGCUCCCGGCAGCCACUCUGACUUGCACUUGGACCACCGCAUGGAACGCCCUCUUCGGAUUGAAAGGCAAGGAAGCGGGCCCUGGCUCGUGGGUGCUCGUCCAAGGCGCUACAGUUAUCGUGACCACCUCGACCGAAGAGAAAGCCGCUCGUCUCAAAGCGCUGGGCGCGACUCAUGUGAUUUCGUACCGGAACAGCCCAACCUGGGGCGAGGAGGCUCGCCGACUCACUCCUAAUGGACGCGGCUUUGAUUUCGUCAUCGACGUUGGGGGCAAUCAAACGCUACCACAGUCUCUGGCGGCGGUGCGGGUCGAUGGGAUUGUGCUGGUUGUGGGAAUGCUCGGCGAAGAUGCUGCGUCGGUGCCGAUGUAUGACGCUUUGAUGCAUACCUGUAUUGUCCGUGGUCUGUUGGCAGGUAGUCGCAGCCAGUUCCGAGAGGUUAUCCGCUUCAUUGAUGAGAAGGGGAUUGUACCUGCGAUGGAUGAGGUGGUGUUUGAGCUGGCGGAGGCAAAGAGCGCGUAUCGACGGUUAGAGGAGAAGCGGCAUUUUGCGAAGGUUGUAAUUCAGCUUGGCCCUUCUUGUGUAUGA